AGCUCCUAUUGGCUGUUUGGGAAAAUGGGCGGGGCUUUAAAUUGACGCGUGCGUUUCCUCGCUUUCAUUGAAAAGAUGAUACUGUGGUUGGAUUUUAACUGAUAAUCCGUGAACUACAGACAUGACGGAUCAAUUAUAUUCAGGUGUCUAUGUUUAAAAUAUGGAUGGUGAAGUGGGAGAGAACUCCUUUGAACAUGGAAGACUGGGAACUCUCCGACGAUGGGGAAGAUUUCUUUGUGGUCCAUGGAAUCCCCGUUUUAAAGAUGUGCUUACAUGGCAGCUCUGCAAAACUGUUGCAAUGGGUCAAGCCCUGUCUAUGCUGAUAUGUGGGACGGCAGUUACAUGUCAGUAUCUGGCAAAUGCUGGGGUAGAGACGCCGAUGCUGCAAAGCUUCCUCAAUUACACCUUGCUGCUGCUCACCUAUACUUUCGUCUUAGCCUUCAGGAGAGGUGAAAAUAACAUUGUUCAAAUUCUAAAAACAAAGUGGUGGAAGUAUUUUCUGAUGGCUCUUACGGAUGUGGAAGCCAACUACACCGUUGUGAAGGCAUACCAGUUCACUACCCUUACAAGUAUACAGCUGCUGGACUGCUUUGUGAUUCCGGUUCUGAUGGUGCUCUCGUGGAUCUUUUUGAAAACUCGCUACAGACCGUUGCAUUUUAUAGCUGUGGCUGUGUGCUUGCUUGGAGUCGGUGCGAUGGUGGGAGCAGAUCUGCUGGCAGGGAGAGACCAAGGCUCAAGUAGUCAUGUGUUGUUGGGGGAUGGACUCGUGCUGGUCAGUGCUGCUCUGUACGCAGUGUCUAACGUCUGUCAGGAAUACACAGUGAAAAACCUGAGCAGGGUGGAGUUCUUGGGCAUGAUGGGGCUCUUUGGGACGCUCAUCAGUGGUGUGCAGAUGGCUAUAUUUGAAUCCAAAGCUGUACCUGUCAUCAACUGGAACUUGAAAAUAUGCCUGCUCUUUGUUGUAUAUACUGUGUGCAUGUACGGGCUGUACAGUUUCAUGCCUGUAGUGGUAAAGAUGACCAGCGCCACGGCUGUGAACCUCUCACUGCUGACUGCCGACCUCUUCAGUCUCUUCUGUGGCAUGUUCCUUUUUCACUACAAUGUGAGUGGUAUGUUGUUUGUUUUUUUUUUGUUGAUCACACUUGGUUUCAUCAUGUUCAACAUCGUACCGACCUACACAGCAGAUCAGUCUUAUUCCAAUAAUGACAGGGUGUAUAAUCUUGCUUCAUCUGCGGAUGUCCAGCAAGAUGGAGACAUUGUAGUAGACUUAGGACAGGAGAAUGAGGACAGGAUAGGAUCCAGGCACAGAGCACAUUGCAACGGAUUCUGUUCUCAGAUAUAAAGCUCUACAAUGUAGAGUACAGUAUU